AUGAACAACGUCAGUAUGGGAGGAAUGAAUGCCAUGGGUGGCCCAGUCGGUGGCGGCAUGCCCAUGAUGAAUAAUGGAGCUGCUGGAGUUCGUCCACCGAUGCCCGCAAACGACAACCGUUCGCAACUCAACACAUACAUUUACGAAUACUUCUUAAGGAAUGGCAUGUACGAUUGCGCGAGGUCACUGCUGAAUAGCGACCAGCCGAUGAAUGUUAUCAAGGAUAGUCCUGGAAGGCGUCGCGACGAAAACGGAGGCGAUGAGGGAGCUGAUGGAGAUUCGAAGGACGAUAUCGACUCGAAACGACCAGCGGACCUCCCGGAUCCAAAUCUCCCCAAAGAAUGCCCAGAAAGUUGCUUUCUAUACGAGUGGUGGUGUUUAUUCUGGGAUAUGUUCAAUGCUCAGCGUGGCAAAGGAGACGGACGCAAUGUUCUGCAAUAUGUCACGCAUACACAGGCACAAUCACGGAUGAGGCAAGAACAGCAGCAAGCAAUGCUCCGGGGCAUUCGGGGCGACAUGCAACUACCUCAAGGGUAUCAGCAAGCUAUGAUGAUGAGGGGUCAAGCAGUAAACAAUAUGAAUCUCAACCAGAACAAUGAACUGAGACAGAAGGCCAUCCAUAACAACAGAAAUGCGACUCCUAACAUGCAAAUUCUCGCACAGCAGAAGCAGCAACAGAUGCAACGAGACCCGUCCGAUGGAAACAAUCAACAACGGCCCCAAUCUCCUGGAUCUGCUGAAAACGCGCCCUCCCCUUCGAAACGACCUCGCCUUGAUCAACCCCAAUUUAACCCACAACAAAUGCCAAAUGGAAGAGGACAAAUGCCCCAACAGGUGGGAGAAACUGGCCCCAGCAAUGCUAUUCAAGCCGCACAUAUGCAGCUUACCAAUGGAAUCGAACCAAACAAUCUGACAGCUCAGCAGUUCCAGCCCGGUGCGAACGCGACAGCCCAAGCAAGAUUGGCUGGAUACCAAGCCAACCUAGCCCAACAACAAGCCACUCAGAUGCCUGGUUCCAAACCUAUGCCAAACCCAGGAGGCCCCCCGAACCAAGGUUCACCGAUGAUGACCCAAGGUCAAGAUGGGGGUGCUAUAGCCAAUUACUAUAAUCCUGGCGAAAUGGGGCCGAAUGGCAUGCGAGGUCCGGGCGGCCAACCUAGUGCUGCGGGUGGAAAUCAUGCCUUGCAAGACUAUCAAAUGCAGCUCAUGCUCUUAGAACAACAGAACAAGAAGAGACUUAUGAUGGCCCGACAAGAGCAAGACAACAUGAUGCCUCGAGGACCAGAUGGUUCUGGGGGUCAAGCAGGCCCAGGUAUGGGAGCCAACGGCCAACCGUUCCAAGGCACCUCACCUCAAGGUCCUCGUUCUGUGAACUCACCCAAUCCGGGUGAUCAAAUGAAACGGGGUACACCUCACAUGAAUCCCGGUGGCGGAAUGGCGUCUCCCUUACCAGAACCACAAUCGCGUGGUUCACCCGGUGCUGCCAUGAACUUCAACAUUGCUGGUGGACCGAUGGAUCCGAGCGGCAUGAAUCAGCAAUAUUUCAACGGUGUUAUGCCCAACGGCAUGAGACCCCCAAGCUCGCACCCAGCUCCUGGUCGGUUUAACAACCAAAUGACGCCGCAACAACAAAUGGCCAUGGCACAGCAACAACAGGCAGGCGGCGUUCAGAAUUGGUCAAAUGGACCUAACGGACAGAUGAUGCCGCAACAAAGCGUGCAAGGAGCUCCCCAGCAGAACAUGGGCACUCCUCAGCAGCGAGCAAUGCCCCCUCCUCCAUCAGCUCCGGCAACUGGUGCAGCUGCCAAUGGUCGCACACAGACGUCCUCUCCACAGCAAAAUGCUGCUCCACAGACACCAUCACAACCUAAUAAGCCGAAUCCAAAGAAGAAGAAUGACUCGAAGGAUGCUAAAACAAAGCGGACUGCAAAGAAGGGAUCCACCGCAAUCAACGCUGGUGCUACACCAUCUGCCGACGCUGAAGCUACCGCAGCAACAACGACGCCCCAGACACCGAUCACCCCCGUCCACCCAAAGAGCUUCACUGGACAGAACGGCGCUGUUCAACCGGUCACGAACGGUCAACCAACUGGGCCCGCUGCCAAUAUUGGUGUGGUCUCGCAGCCAGACCCCUUACAGGUUGGUGGGUUCGGUUUGGGCGGCGAUUCUUUCGGUUUCUCGAAUGAGAUGGAAUUUGCUCCCAAUAACGGUAGCCUGGAUGUACUCCAGGACUUCGAUUUCGACUCUUUCUUACACCAAGAUGGCGGGGCGGAAGACAACUUCAACUUCGAUGCGUCUGGUUUCCUAGACGAAAACACAAUCGGAGCAGAAUGA